UUGCUUUGGCUGCCCACUGCAAAUUUGCUGGGCGUGUUUACUCUCUGCUCUGCGCGUGGAUCGUUUUCCCGCUCAUCGUUUUCCCACGAUACUUUCUCUGGUGUAGUCCUUUGAUAUCUGGGGUUUUGAUUUGCCUGAGUUUUGCCUCCCUCCGCACCCCGGAUUUUGCUUAGACUGGGGAAGGUAGUCUGAGCUAUAUAAGCCCACUUCCUCGAGGAGGAGGAUUUGUUUCCUUUCCACCAUCAUCGACAUCUCUCUCAGAUCACCACGACCCUCCAACACUUCUCACCGAGCUUGUUGCCUUCUCUCCCUUCUUCUCGCUCACAGUCUCUGUUUCCUCCUUCCCCUAGCCCUCUCCCAUCUUUGCUCCUCCUCCAACCAGACACAAAUCUUAACAGGUGUCUAACCCCAGGGGGUGAUCAUCAUCCAUCAUGGGCAUUCUCUCAAUGGUCGAGGAUAGGCCGACGCCAAAGGAGGUCUACAACUGGAGAAUCUAUCUCCUGGCGGCGGUCGCCUCGUUCACAUCAUGCAUGAUCGGAUACGACAGUGCCUUCAUUGGGACAACGCUGUCGCUGCAAUCCUUCAAGGACGAAUUCGACUGGGCUUCCAUGUCCACGGCCACCCAGAACCUGGUCAGUGCCAACAUUGUCUCCUGCUACCAAGCCGGGGCCUUCUUCGGAGCAUUCUUUGCGUACCCGAUCGGGCAUUUCUGGGGUAGGAAGUGGGGCCUGCUCGCUUCUGCCCUGGUCUUCAUUCUGGGGGCGGGCUUGAUGCUGGGUGUCAACGCCGACCGGGGUCUGGGCCUUCUCUACGCCGGUCGUGUCCUGGCUGGAAUUGGCGUAGGCGCUGGGUCUAACAUCACACCCAUCUACAUCUCCGAAUUGGCCCCGCCGGCCAUCCGCGGCCGGUUGGUCGGUGUCUAUGAGCUGGGGUGGCAAAUCGGUGGCCUGGUUGGCUUCUGGAUCAACUAUGGUGUCAGUGAGACGCUGGCUCCCAGCCACAAGCAAUGGAUCAUCCCCUUUGCCGUGCAGCUGAUUCCUGCGGGUCUGCUACUCAUCGGUAUCGUCUUCGUUCGGGAGUCUCCGCGUUGGCUCUUCCUCCGUGGGAGACGCGAGGAGGCGAUCAAGAACCUCUGCUGGAUCCGCCAGAUCUCCGAGGACCACAUCUACAUGAUGGAAGAGAUCGGUGCCAUCGACCAGUCCAUUGAAGCGCAGCGGAACUCGAUCGGACUGGGCUUCUGGAAGCCUUUCAAGGCCGCCUGGACGAACAAGAAGAUCCUGUACCGGCUGUUCCUCGGCAGCAUGCUCUUCUUCUGGCAGAACGGCUCGGGCAUUAACGCCAUUAACUACUACUCACCUACCGUGUUCAAAUCGAUUGGUCUGAAGGGCACCAACUCGAGUCUGCUGACCACGGGCAUUUUCGGUGUGGUCAAGACCGUAGUGACUUUCGUCUGGCUCCUCUGGCUGAUCGACCGGGUGGGAAGACGCAACCUCCUGCUGAUCGGUGCCAUUGGCGGUUCCGUGUGUAUGUGGAUCAUUGGCGCGUACAUCAAGGUCGCGGAUCCCGUGAACAACAACACUGACUCGCUCAACGGCGGCGGCAUCGCGGCCAUCUUCUUCUUCUACCUGUGGACGGCGUUUUACACCCCCACCUGGAACGGUACUCCCUGGGUGAUCAACUCGGAAAUGUUUGACCCCAAUGUGCGGUCGCUGGCUCAAGCCUGUGCCGCGGGAUCCAACUGGCUCUGGAACUUCCUCAUCUCGCGGUUCACCCCGCAGAUGUUUGAGAAGAUGGAGUAUGGCGUGUACUUCUUCUUCGCGUCCUUGAUGAUCCUUUCGUUUAUCUUCGUGUACUUCUUGAUCCCCGAGACGAAGGGUGUUCCGCUGGAGAACAUGGAUCCCUUGUUCGAGAUCAAGCCCGUGUGGAAGGCGCACGGCGUGGUUCUGGAGCAGAUGCGCGAGGACGAAGAGCGGUUCCGCCGCGACCUGGAGGAGUCCGGCUUCACCAAGUCGGAGGUGCACCAGGUGGAAGACACGGCGAACAAGGUCUAAUGCCGUGCCUGGGAUUUGGAUUUGUUCCUCUUCAUUU